GCUAGUUUGGAAUAAGACAAACAAAUAGAUAGAAAUAGACAAGUCACAAUGACGAUCCCAGAAAGCUCAAAAAAAAAGUUCUCUUUUUGAUUAUUCAAAUAAACAUGUCAGAAUUAGCUAUUAAUGUAGAAUUCAGUGGAGGAAUGGAGCUCUUAUUUAACAAUGUGAGCAAGCAUACCGUACGUUUACCAGCCACACAGAGCUCAGGACAACGUUCUACUCUUCAAGACUUAAUAUUUUACAUUCGAGAUAAUAUGAUGACUGAAAAGAAGGACUUGUUUGUUGAAAAAGAUACAGUUCGCCCUGGAAUCUUGGUCUUGAUCAAUAAUACUGAUUGGGAAUUAUGUGAUGAAUUAGAAUAUCAAUUAGAGGAUAAGGACGAGAUUGUCUUUAUUUCUACUUUACAUGGAGGAUAAAAGGAAAUAGUGAUAACGAAAAUAAAUAAGGAUACAUAUAUUAAAUUUUAAUUUUAGAACAGUUGUAAAAGCCUUCUAGAUGCUUAAUAUCACUAUGGCAACAAUGAGUCCACCGACUUUAUAGUUCCACACAAAAAUUAUUUUAAAUUCCUCUUUUUCUCAGUUCGAGCUCUGUGAUUCUUUCUUUCUUU